AUGGCUCGCCAUCGUGCUCAUUCGGGUGCUGAUGCCCCGAAGGAGCCGCACUCAGUAUCUCUAAAAGAUAAGUCCUCCGAUGACACGACCCGCGUCAUAACAUCCGUCCGGAUCGUUGCCGAGAUGCAAACUCCCUCACAAGUCUCAUCUUUAGACCUCGAGCCUUCGGAUACCAAUGCCAAUGAUGGCCUACAGAAAGGGCAAUCACUACAAAAGAUCGUGCGAUUUGACCUGAAAGAAGAGGGCAACCAUAUCUUGGCCGUCAGCGUCAGCUAUACUGAGACGAUGAUCGGGAACGACUUCCAAGCAGCUAGCGGGCGGGUAAGGACUUUCCGCAAGUUGUACCAAUUCGUCGCGCAGCCGUGUCUUAGCGUCCGGACCAAAUCGUCGGAGCUGGCUCCGCUGGAGGUUGAUAACAAGUCACUAGGGCCAUAUGGAAAGACGCGUUUGCUUCGGUUUGCCCUUGAAGCCCAGCUUGAGAAUGUUGGCGAUGGGGCUGUUGUAAUCAAGCAAACAUGUCUCAACCCUAAAGCACCAUUCAAAGCAAUAUCCUUGAACUGGGAUCUAGAGCGGCCAGACCAGGCGGAAACCCCGCCGCCAAUCCUAAACCCCAGAGACGUAUUACAGGUUGCGUUCCUCGUUGAGCAAGAAGAAGGCCAGCAAGAAGGACUAGAGGCCCUGCAGAAGGACCUGCGGCGUGACGGCCGCGCUGUGCUGGGCCAAUUAUCAAUAGAGUGGAGGAGCUCUAUGGGCGAUAAGGGAUUUUUGACGACUGGUAACUUGCUAACGCGGAAACGAGCGUGAUGCGGUUCUUAUAACAUAGCACAGCGAGGCGCACUGUGCAAAUAUCACUUUUACCCUUACCAAGUUGCCAGAAAUGGACGGUUUUUAGACCCCUGCUCGUAUGGC